CUUCCUCAAACUAUAACUUAUUCGUUGCCCCCCAAAAAAGAACUCCAGAAACAUAAAGAAUGCAAGUAUAACUUUCUUUACAUUCUGAAAGACACAACACAACAGUAAAUAAAAUGGAUCUUGAUCCAUCCGAACAACGAUCCAAAAUGAGUGAUCAAAGAGGAAUGUCUUCAAUUCGAAGUGGAGGUCUUUCAAGAGAAUUUUCGACUCGGAAAUCAAUGCUUCAAAUAGAGGACACAAGGUUAUCGGUCCCAGGCAUGCUAAGCAGAAACGCAAGCAAGAGAGCUACUAGUAUAAGGAGACGUGAUGGGCCAAUGUUGGAAAGGCAAAUGUCAAGUGCAGCUAGAGGUCUUAGUGGCUUGCGAUUUCUUGAUAGGGUCAUAACCGGGAAAGAAGGGGAUGCGUGGAUGGGUGUUGAGAAACGGUUUCAUCGGUUUUCAAAGAAUGGGAAGCUACAAAGAGAGAAAUUUGGGAUUUGUAUCGGAAUGGGAGAUGGGAGUGAGUUCUCGGGGGAAUUGUUUGAUGCCCUUGCGAGACGGAAAGGGAUAGAUGUGUCCGAAGGGAUCACCUUAGGACAAGUGAAAAUAUUCUGGGAGGAUUUGACAAAAGAGGAUCUUGAUACUCGAGUUCAUAUUUUCUUUGACAUGUGUGACAAGAACGGGGACGGCUUGCUAACGGAGGAGGAUGUAAAAGAGGUGUUGAUAAUGAGUGCAUCAGCCAACAAACUUUCGGCUUUCAAGAAACAAGCGGGAACAUAUGCAGCUCUAAUCAUGGAAAGACUCGACCCUGACCAGUACGGCCACAUAGAGAUGUGGCAACUUGAGACAUUGUUAAAAAGCACGACAUCUAAGGAAACAUGCAAGUUAACCGCUGAGGACACAACCGAUCUAGCAAAAACGAUGAUUCCAGAAGAUUACAGAAACCCCAUGAGAAAAUUAUGUACAAAAAUGUUCGAAUCAGGUCUCGAACAUUGGAAAAUAGUGUGGGUAUUAUUUCUCUUUUGGGAAAUGAACAUCGCACUGUUCAUGUGGAAAUUCCACCAGUAUAACUUGAUGCCAUCUUUUCAAGUCCUGGGAUAUUGUAGCUGCACUGCAAAAGGCGCGGGUGAAACCCUAAAGUUCAAUAUGGCUCUCAUUCUCCUUCCUGUAUGCAGAAGAACACUUACAUCCAUUCGAGAAACUUUCCUUGGAAAAUUACUACCUGUUGAUGAGAACAUCAACUUCCAUAAAAUCAUCGCGCUUGCAAUUGUAAUAGGGAGUGUGGUUCACACAGUGGCCCACUUGUCGUGCAAUUUUAUAAGGCUGUCAACUUGCCCUAAUAACCAGUUCAUGGCUGUUUUUGGAGCUUUGUUUACAGAACAACCAACUUACAUGGACCUAUUGUUAAGCAUCCCGGGGUGGACUGGAAUUGUAAUGAUGAUUUUAAUGGCUAUUUCCUUCCUCUUCGCUACAAGUUCUUUUAGGAGAAAUGUCAAUAAUUUGCCUAGGCCAUUUAGUGAUUUGGCUGGGUUUACUUCCUUUUGGUACACUCAUCAUCUGCUGAUUAUCGUUUACUUCUUGUUCAUCGCUCAUGGCUACUACUUAAUCCUCACCGUAGGAUGGUAUAGGAAAACUACGUGGAUGUAUCUCUUGAUUCCAAUGGUGUGUUAUGCUAGUGAAAGAAUCCUUACAACUGAUCAUACACUGAAAGUUGAUACCAUUAAGGCUAUCAUAUACACGGGAAAUGUGCUAGCAUUAUACAUGACUAAACCUCCAGGAUUCAAGUACAAGAGUGGAAUGUACCUCUUUGUACAAUGUCCAAGAAUAUCACGUUUUGAAUGGCAUCCGUUCACCAUUACUUCUGCACCUGGAGAUGACUACUUAAGUGUGCAUAUUCGUACGUUGGGAGACUGGACAAAAGCACUUAGAGAAGAAUUUGCAAAGGCCAGCUGUGAGGCUCAGCAGAAGAACAGUGUAGAAGGAAAUCUUGUCAGAAUCGAAACUCAUGCCAAGGAAUCACAAGUAAAGUAUCCUAAAAUCUACAUCAAAGGACCUUAUGGAGCACCAGCUCAACAUUAUAGGAAUUACCAAGUCCUGUUACUUAUUGGCUUGGGUAUUGGAGCCACUCCAUUCAUCAGUAUUUUAAACGACCUCCUACACCACCUAAAACAAUCGAGAUUGGGGGAUUUUAAUCUGAAUAAAAGAGCUUACUUUUAUUGGGUAACAAGGGAGCAAGGCUCUUUCGAAUGGUUCAAAGGUGUUAUGGAUGAUAUUGCAGAAAAUGAUCACAAUAACAUAAUUGAAAUGCAUAACUACCUAACGAGUGUGUAUGAACAAGGUGACGUGAGAUCUGCACUUAUUUCUAUGGUGCAGUCUCUGCAACUUGCAAAAGAUGGAGUUGAUGUUGUCUCUCAGAGUAAGAUUAAAACACAUUUUGCAAGACCUAACUGGAGAAAGGUAUUCCAGACCUUGGCAACUACGCAUAAAGGUUCUAAAAUUGGUGUUUUCUAUUGCGGGGCCCGGGCACUUACAAAACAACUAAGAAAUCUCUGCAAAGAAUUUAGCCUAACGAACACGACUCGCUUUCAUUUCCACAAGGAGAAUUUCUAAAAAGAGAUGAAAAAAUGUACCAACAGUUUUCGCUAUGACAUGAGAUCAUUUGUAGAUCUGCAGGUCUCUAUCAAAGUUCUAAUGACAGCGGGAUUAAUUGCUACUUUUUGAGAACAAGAGCUUUUGUUAUAGAGCUAGCUGGUAGCAGAUCUUUGUGCUGCAGUUGGAGCAUUGUUGCAUGUUUGGGCAACCUUGUCUUGUGUUUUGAAGACCCAAGUUGGUAGCUUAAUCAAAUCUGCCUCUUCUCCUAAUCCCCAAAGAUAAAAUAAAAUAACGAGGAUUUAUGCUUAGUUUAGUUUAUCAGGAAAUGAUUUGUAUCGUCUCAUAAACUCCCUCAACC